UCCUUCUUCAACCAGAAAAUUCAACCACUGUAGAGCGCAAAAUCCCUUACCUGCAACGUUCCAGACGCGGAGGCGCCAAUUCCAGUAGCCAUAACUCAAUCCACCCCUCUCCGGUAAAGCUGAAAGCCCUAAUCCCAUAAUUUCACUUUCCCCGUUCAAGCUCAGUUAGGGUUUUCUCCUCCACCGCAGAAAAAUGUCGAAGAGGAAGUUCGGGUUCGAAGGUUUCGGCAUAAACCGCCAAUCAACCUACAGUUUCGAGCGAUCUCAACCUCCUCAGCGCCUCUACGUUCCUCCCUCUUCACGCCAAGGCCACGACAACUACGAGGACACUGAUCUCGACCACAUCGAUUACGACGACAACAACAACGAUGACGCCAGGGACGAAGGGAACAACAACGAAAACGAAAACGACGCCACAGCUACCACGGGAGGGGGCGAGGAGGAGGAAAUCGAUCCAUUGGAUGCAUUCAUGGAGGGGAUUCAUGAGGAGAUGAAGGCGGCGCCGCCUCCGAAGCCGAAGGAGAAGGCGGAGGAUAGGUAUAAGGAUGAUGAGGAUGAUGAUCCCAUGGAGAGCUUUCUGAAGGCGAAGAAGGACUUGGGGUUGACGCUGGCGUCGGAUGCGCUGCAUGCUGGGUAUGAUUCUGAUGAGGAGGUUUAUGCUGCUGCAAAGGCUGUGGAUGCUGGUAUGGUAGAGUAUGAUUCUGAUGAUAACCCUAUUGUUAUUGAUAAGAAGAAAAUUGAGCCCAUUCCUCCUCUGGAUCACUCUUCCGUUGAUUAUGAGCCUUUUAGUAAGGAUUUUUAUGAAGAACCUCCUUCAAUAUCAGGUAUGAGUGAACAAGAUGUAACGGAUUACAGAAAGAGUUUGGCUAUUCGUGUAUCUGGUUUUGAUGUUCCUAAGCCCGUAAAAACAUUUGAGGACUGUGGGUUCCCUCCCCCAGUUAUGAGUGCUAUAAAAAAGCAAGGUUAUGAGAAGCCCACGUCUAUACAAUGCCAAGCUUUACCGGUUGUGCUUUCUGGCAGAGAUAUCAUUGGUAUAGCAAAAACUGGUUCUGGUAAAACUGCUGCUUUUGUGCUUCCUAUGAUUGUGCAUAUCAUGGAUCAGCCUGAACUUCAGAAGGAGGAGGGUCCUAUAGGAGUGAUAUGCGCACCUACCAGAGAAUUGGCGCAACAGAUAUAUCUUGAGUCCAAGAAAUUUGCAAAAUCAUAUGGUAUACGCGUCUCUGCUGUCUAUGGUGGAAUGUCAAAACUUGAGCAGUUCAAAGAACUCAAGGCAGGCUGUGAGAUAGUUGUUGCUACCCCUGGCAGAUUGAUAGACAUGCUAAAAAUGAAGGCAUUGACAAUGACAAGAGCAACUUAUCUGGUGCUUGAUGAGGCUGAUAGGAUGUUCGAUCUUGGAUUUGAGCCACAAGUAAGGUCCAUUGUUGGUCAGAUUAGGCCAGACCGUCAAACUUCACUCUUUUCUGCAACAAUGCCUCGUAAAGUUGAAAAGUUGGCCAGGGAAAUCCUUUCUGACCCUGUUAGAGUAAUAGUUGGGGAGGUGGGGAUGGCAAAUGAAGAUAUUACUCAAGUUGUUCAAGUGGUGCCUUCAGAUUCUGAGAAAUUGCCGUGGCUCCUAGAGAAGCUGCCUGAAACGAUUGAUCAAGGUGAUACCUUAGUAUUUGCUUCCAAGAAGGCCACUGUGGAUGAUAUUGAGACACAAUUGUCUCAGAGGGGCUUUAAGGUUGCUGCCCUACAUGGUGAUAAGGAUCAAGCUUCUCGUAUGGAUAUUUUACAGAAGUUUAAAUCUGGCGUCUACCAUGUGCUUAUUGCAACUGAUGUUGCUGCUCGUGGUCUUGACAUCAAAUCAAUUAAAACAGUGGUAAACUUUGAUAUUGCAAAAGACAUGGACAUGCAUGUCCAUCGGAUUGGAAGAACGGGCCGUGCUGGUGACAAGGAAGGAGUUGCAUACACACUUAUAACUCAGAAAGAAGCACGGUUCGCUGGUGAAUUGGUUAAUAGCUUAAUUGCUGCUGGUCAGAAUGUUUCCACGGAGUUGAUGGAUCUUGCUAUGAAGGAUGGGAGAUUCAGGUCGAAACGCGAUUCAAGAAAAGGAGGUGGGAAAAAAGGCAAAGGCAGAGGUGGUGGUGGGAGUGGCAGAGGCGUGCGUGGAGUGGAUUUUGGUUUGGGCAUUGGAUAUAAUUCAGAGUCAAGUAGCACACCACCUAACACUGCUCCAAGUCGUUCUGCUGCUGUAAAUUCUUUGAGGACAGGAAUGAUGUCGCAAUUUAAAAGUAGCUUUGUUGCUGCAUCCUCAAACUCUCAAAAUCAAGGUUUCAGUAACAAUAAAAACAUGGCUGCUAACAAGAGGCCAACACUCGCUGGCUUUGUAUCUGGUGGAUCAAUCGGUGGUGAUAUAAAUAGACGUCAGUUUGUUGCUUCAACCAGUCCUGCUCAAUCAGCUGUAAAUUCCACUAGUCAGAGUUCUGGAGUAAAUCCUAGUCAGACAAGCACGAACAGUUCUAAACCUAGAGAAAGGCGAAGGCCAUCGGGUUGGGAUAGAUAGUUUAGAUAGUUUUUCUCAUUGAAUGACACCACUGUCAAAUGCAUCAAUGUUCCUAUUUAUUUAUAUAGGUCAAGCCUUGAUUUGAUUUUGUUUGUAUUAUUAAUGCUUUAAUUUCCAACCACCAAUUAUUUUGGCUUGAGGUUUGUUUAGUUCUAUUUUCGUUUUUAAAA